AUGCAUAUAUUGGUUGUAGAUGAGAGGCAUGUUGUUUUCGGGCAUGUGUUGGAGGGCAUGGACGUUGUGAAUGUGAUCGAGUCUCAGGAAACUGAUAGACGUGACUGUCCCACAAAGAGGGUCAUCAUAAGUGAUUGUGAUGGUCUUUGCGAUCGCGAUAAUGUGGACGCGGUCACGAUGUGUAAUCUGGAGCUGGAGCUGGCAGCUGAUGGAUCCUUAAUCACGUUUGCGUAUGUCAUGUCGCGUUCGCGGAGUUUUGGUCUGUUUGGGCAUCGUGUUCGCAUGUUGGUAGCCUCUCAGCAUUUGCAUUACCCCAGGCCCCCUGAUAGUGAUAGAGCCCUUGAAGGGUUAGGAAAUUCACAACCUAAGGAGUUCAGAGAGCAAAAGCCAUCUAUAUUUCCAAGAGAUGAUUCUGAUGAAGCUAUCGGAUUAACUAAGAGGGCCAGGAUAGUUGAUGAUUACAUAGGACUACUAGGUGGUGGUAGGUUAUAG